AUGGUCUCCAAUAUCUGGAUAGCGGCUGCUGAUAAUGAAAUAGAAGUAGUAAAGAAACACUUGGAGUCGGGUGACUUUGGAGCUAAUUCCAAAGACCCAAAUGGAUAUACCCCAAUACAUGCUGCAGCAUCUUACGGAAACUUAGAUUUACUACGCCUUUUGAUAUCUAGCGGUGGUGACAUAAAUAUACAAGACAAUGAAGGAGACACUCCCUUACAUCAUGUGGAAGAUCUUCAAGUAGCCAAGGCUUUGAUCGAGGAGUUCCAAGCUGACUGGAAAUUAAAGAAUGGCGAUGGACAGACCCCUGGAGAAUACAUUCAAGAAGAGGACGAAUUCCCUGAAUUGGCCAUAUAUUUGAAGUCCUUGGCCCAUGACCAACCGACGGCGAUUGGAUCUAAAUCGGAGCCCUCUUUGAUUGAGUCGUUGCCUGCACCUGGUGUAAUAGAUGGGCAUCAAAUCAGCUACUCUAUGAAGAACGAGCUCCAAGGAGACGAAAUAGACAUCAACCUCAUGGGCGAUGAAGAAAGAAGAAAGAAAAUGGAAGAUAUCUUAAACAGCGAGAAUCCAGAAGAAGGGUUAAGAGAAUUGGUUCAAAAUGCUGUUGCUGAGGGAAUGGCCAAGUACAAUAAUGGGAACGAGUUAGAAGCAGAAGACUCAAACAAGAAGAGAAGAAAGUAG